AGUAUUAAAUUCUAACAAUAGAUAUAACAAAGAAACUUGCAAUUGAUAUGGAGAGAUAUCCAUCGCAAAGUGGAAAAUGGAGCUGGGAUGAAGUUGAGAUGUUAGAGCAAGUAUUAGGUUUUCAUGGAAAAAUAUUCUAUUGCAAUGUACCUGUUGAUAAGAAAAUACAACCAAAUUUGACAACAAAGGAGAUAUAUAUUUUAUUGGAAAGCGACAUCUUUUAUCCACAUGUACAUAAGACGUUUAAUGUACACAAUGGAUCGUACAACAUUAAAGUUUUUAUGAAAGCUGUGGAAUUACUGUCACAGCGGCUUAUGAGCUUUGCAGAGCUGCACACAGCGAGAGUGGCGUUCCAAACUUACGAACAUAAAGAUCAAGCAGGCUUAGAAGAUAAACUGUUAUUGCGAGCAAUGAAAUUAUGUGGAAAGACAAUGUCUCCUCAGAGAUUGACAUAUUCUUUGCGACAUUUGAACAGAUUGGUAACAGAUCGCGUGAUGCUUUAUGAGUUCUUAGAGUUACUGAUGAGUGCAGAUCACACAUCUGUUGUCACGAAAGAACUACCCAAGAAAAAAUCCGUCAAGGAAACCACUGACAGACGACACCUCUAUGAUUUAUGCGAUUUUAAAGAAGAGCUGAUAACACACGAUGAGAGAUGUUACAACUUUUUAGAUAAAGCGUUUGAGGAAAGUCUAAAAAUCAUACCAGUGAAGGCGACUUCCAAAACCAGUGAACAAUUGUUAAAUACUCCACGGCAAUGGGCGAAGCCUCCAUUAGCCAAUACAUCUAUCCGCAAGGAAAUGACAUCAAAAAACAAAUGUCAAUCUGAAAUAUUGGAGAAAUAUUUAACUUCGUCUGAUGCUACUGUCAAGUUAUGCAGGUGUGGAGAAUCGUGUUCCUGCACAGCCGAUGUUUCUGGCGAAGCAAAAUCUAAUAAAAUAAAGGUAUUUCCUUCUGAUGAAGAUGGUGUCAACGAUAUCAGUAUUAAUGCAAACAUUGAUCAAGAUGUUCCCAUCAAAAAGAAACAUUUUGUGGACAUUGUCAAGGAGGAGGAAGUUAAAGAAACAUCACAACAAAUACAGAAUAUUCAAUGGCAGAUAGCAACCCAUAAGCAACAGAUGAAGAAGAGACUUGAAAGUAGAAAAUCCACAAAAAAACGUGACUAAAAAUAUAAAAACUGUUCUUUAUACGCAAACGUAUUUCUAAGAGCUAAGAUUGACAUUUUAGGCUAAAACUAGGCUAAAGUUUCUUUAAGAACAGUGAGCGCAAUCUAGAUAUCCAAGCAAGAAACCUAUAAACAGUUCUUUUAAAGUGCAUCAGGACUUUUUCUAAUAAAUUAUGACACUUAUACCCCAAAUAGUAAGCGUACAGUUCUAAUGAAAUUUGAGUGUUACCUAUAGCAACAUUUUCAGCAAUUUUGAGGCUGAAAGCGAAUUUUUGUCCUUCGCAACUCAGGCUGACAUGUUUAAUCGCAGUUAUAUCAAUAGCAGAUCAUCGACAUUUCGGAUUAAGAUUAUUUUACCUGUGGGUAUAUUGACGUAAAAAAGCACUUUAUUUGAAAUUUAUAAUUUGUCAUGUAAGUUUCAUACAUGUCCUAUAAGAAUGAUUUUAAAAGAAUUAACUCUGUUUGAAUAAAAACAUCUGGCUUUUUUAAGUUCGAUUUUAGCGGACCUGUGCUGUAAUGUUAACAGACAAAAGAAAUCUCUGAUUAAGUUUUAAGUUUGGAAAUAAAAUAAUCACUUUUAGAACUUCUGCGAAAAGUUAGACGUUGUGUUUUAACUGUCUGCUUUGAAAAGCGGACAACACUGGCAGGCAUUUCUGUAGUUGACGAAUGUUUGUCCUAUACAACAAUAAAUCUUUAUGACCUCGGCGUUUUUUUAAAGAUAAAGGACAUAAUAAUAUCAAUGUUUCAAACGCAAGAUAUUUAUAUGGAUUGUUGUUAAUAGUUUAUAAUAUAUAUGUUAUAUAGUUUAUAAUAUAUUUAUUUGUAUUUUCUAGAUUAUGUUUUGAAUCAAUUUUUAUACUGCGCAA